AUGGCAUCCAACAAACGAACAGUCAUAGAACUGUCCUCUGAUAGCGACGAUGACAACCCGCUCGUGCACCGCCGCCGCAAGAUCCGUCGACAGUCUCAGGCCAAGCGCAUCGAGGCAGACCCAGACGAGGUCAGGGACAAAGUCGCCGAUUUCCUCAAGUUUCUCGACGGCGCAAUCCCGCGGAACUUUGUCGCAUGUGAUGUCGCAGACUACAUCCAACGCGAGUCCAACACCCGUCUAUCUAUUGCCAAACAGCAAGGCGUCUCUCUGCAACAGAUCUUCAUCGGCCGAGAUUGCUUGCCCGCCUGGCACGACAUGCACUGGGAUCCGGAACAAGAGGCCCUGCACUGCGCCAUCCAGAACCGUCUGCUUGACUUGGAUGUCGCCAACGCUUUGGGCGAUACUCUUCGAGGCCUUCUCAUGGCCAAGGGUAACAUAAAGCUUGAAGAGGCACGACAGCUCGGGCUUAGGCUCGAAGACAUCACUAUUGGUGCCGGGCUUCUGGCCACAUGGAAUCGUCCAGCUCCGGAGCUUCACAAUAGCCACAGGCUAGAGAACCCUCUCAGUGAACAAGCCCAACAAGAAGAGCCCAUGGACGACGACAUGGGCCAGUCAAGCAUUGGCACCAGCAUUCCGCACUCGCUCAUCUUCAGCCGAGCGGGAACGCCUGACUUUGAUACCUCCAGCACUGCGUGCGACUCCUCCAGCGUCAAUCCCCAGCCCGAGUACUCGGAGAGUGACGAUGAAGCGCCGCAUAUUCUCCACGAUGUCGAGGUUGUCGGUUGUCGCGAGGGCCAUCCGGAUAUUGAUCUGGAGGUGUACUUGGUGGAGGAGGACUCUGACGUGGACGAUCUGCCCGAACUCGAACUUGCGAUUGAUGGGGACGCCUUUGCCUAUUAUUUUGGCGAUGAUGGCGCUGUGGAGGUGGAAAUUCCGGGCAUGGAUCUGCGGUGCUCACUCAAUAUGCCUCCCGAUGCGAGCUAUGAUGACGGUGACGCUGAUAUGGAGGACUACGAUGACCAUGAGGAAGGAAACGACGAUGAUGGAGAUCGAAACAGCCUGUUCGGCGAGGAUGAGGAUAUGGGUGGACAAGAAGACGGUGCUCAGAUCGAUGACGGCACGCAUACGCAGGUUGAUGGAUUCCAAGCGAGCUUCGCUAUGGCUCAAGAUGAUGAGGAGCAAAACUCGGUGAUUCAGAUCACUGAGGACGGCUUCAUGUGGUGA